GGGACACCGUGCAAUGCCAUGCACUGACAGCCGUCUGGGGACACCCAAGCAGUGACAGCCUGCAUGAGGCACCGCAAUGGGGGCUGUGUGCGUGGCUCCACACGUACCAUAACUUCAGGAACCCAUAGUGCCGCCACCACCACUAAGGGGAAUACAACUGCAAUAUCAGGAGGUGACAUCACGGCAUCCUGUCCCCAAGGGGAACUGACAGCAGCUCUCCACCCACUUCUACUCCCCGCUACAGUCUCGCUGUCCCCAGGCUGCUCCUCCCCGCUGCAGUCUCACUGUCCCCAGGCUGCUCCUGCCUCAUGGCACCAAUGGCGCUGGGCCUCAUCCUGGGUUGGUGUCUGGUGGCAGCGAGCAGGGCAUGGCACGUGCCCCAACCCUCCUUGUUGCUGCACCCCAGCCAGGGGGUAUCCCUGGGGGACACUGUCACCCUGCAGUGCCACCUGCCCCGGCUGGCUGCCUGGGUCAAGUUCUACCAGGAAGGACAUUUGAUAUCCUACAAGUACCCAGGCAAGGAACAGGACAGGGCUGAGUUCUCCUUGGUUGACAUAAAGCAGGAAGCUGCAGUGAGGUAUUGGUGCCAGUAUGAACUACUGUAUACAGCAAGAACCUCAGAAACAAGUGAACCUGUCGAGCUGGUGGUGACAGAUCACAGAUUUUCCCCACCUGAAAUUUCCCUGAGCCCUGAGAAAUAUGUGGAGACGGGGACCAACAUCACCAUCCGAUGCUGGAACCAAGAUUACCAGGGCAUCUUCUUGCUGCACAAGGAUGGGUGCUCAGCCCCUAUCCAGCACCAGGACCCUGAUGGUGGGGGCACAGCCACCUUCACACUCUUUGGGGUGACCCCAGCUGACAACGGUUCCUAUAGGUGCUCCUAUCGCGCCAAAGCCUACCCCUUGGUGUCCUCACCCCUUGGGGACAGAGUGAUUCUGGUGGUGAGACCCACACAUGCACCCCCAGACCCCACAGGUGCCAGUGGAGGGUCUCUUGCAAACCCGGUGGUGGUGGUGUUGGGAGUCUGCACUGCUGCUCUCAGCUUCAUUCUCGUCCUUGUCGUCUUCCUUCUUGCUGCACGUGGAUGCUGGAUAUGGAGAGAUGAGAGCUCUGAUGCAGGUGUUCCCCCCAGACAGCCUGAGGCUGUGCAGUUCCAGGUGCCCCCUGGGGACAGCGAGGGUCUGACCUACGCCGAGCUGCACGCUGUGAAUGCCGGCCCCUGGCUCUCUGGACUCCCCGCUGCCCCCCAGCCCGCUGUGAUCUACGCUGAGGUGGGCACUGCGGGACCCCACUGAUGUCCCCCAUCUGUGUGCAGGAACACGUGGAAGUUGUGUGCACACCUCCUUCAAGCACGCGCAGUGCAGGUGUGUUUUGUGUGUUCAACUCCAUGCAUGUACCACUGCAUGGAUUCCUAUGUAUUACAUGUGUGCACUGUCACCUGUGCACGAUGAGUGUACAUACAUGUGUGCUACACACUUAACACCGUGGCUCUGUGUAUGUAUGUGUGACAUCACACAUGUACACCGAUGCAUGCACACAAUACUGCACACACACGUCCUUAGCGUCAGCUCCCUGUGUCAGCACGACACGUAUGCCUCCACUGUACAUCUGCCUUAAGUCUGUGCCACAUCUUCCCCUGCAGCACGCAUGUGCCCUGCAUACAAGUAUGCAAUACUGCACACGUGUCCUUAGCAUGUGCCCCAUAUCUGUGCCAUGUCUGUACUCAGAGCACGCAAGUGUGCUUAGCGUGCACUCCCCAUGGCGCACCUCCAGUUCCCCAACCCAAACCUGCACCCAUCCCACAACAGUCUGAGGGCAGGAUUCCCAUUCUAAUGGGAUUUAUCCAGCUUUUUGGAGGAAGAUUCCUAUUUCUGAAAGGUUCUGCCGUUCUUCUGCCUCUAGAGGGUUUGAUUGGAUCUUCUGGGGACAAUCCCCGGUUCUGGAGGGAUGAACCAUGUCCAAAGGUUUAACAUUGUUUCUGGCAGAAUUGUUGUUUGUGGCCACAUUUAUCCAAAGAUUCAGGGAGAAUUCCUGGGAGGUUUCAUCUUCCUUUCAAGAGAAGGUUCCUGCUUCUUGGGAGUUGUAAUAUUUUCAGAGAAGCACUCCUGCUUCUGGAGGCUUUUAUCCUGCUUUGGAGGUGGCAAGUUCCCAUUCUAGAGAUUUUUCUGAACCAUCUGUCGGAGCAGGAUUUCCAUUUCUGGAAAUAUCUGUUUGGCUUUUUGGGGAGGAUUCCUUCUUCUGAAGGGUUUUAUUCCAGUUGUGACAUGGAACAUUCCCAUUCUGGAAUAAUUUAUCCUUCCUUUUGGGGCAGGACUCCCAUUUCCAGAAGAUUUUACCUUUCCUUUGUCUCAUUUCAACAGAACCAGCUCUUGGGCACAGGGUUUUGCUGAUGGUGACAGUGCAAACCCUUUGGUAAUUUCACAGCACCCAGCACUGAAAUCAGGGCUGAAGGACAGGGACACAGCACUGAAGUCACCCCACACUCGUUUGCUCUAAUUAGUGCAGAAGUCCAUCCAGACACAUCCAUCAAGACACAGCUUUCCUAGUGCUCGCCUUCAGCUUGUGUGUUUAAACAGCGGUUCGUUUUUGUUUUAUUUUGUUUUGUUGGCGAUGAGGGAAAAUAGACAUUCUGACUGUUUGGAACAGGGCAGAGUGGUUGUGAGGCUUGCGAGAAAACAGGUGAAUAAGUGGAAGUUUGGGGGUGGGAGGGCUGUGCAUGGGGAUGCCAGUAAGGAGAAGGGCAGGAGAGAUGACUUCCCCUUUCUGUAAUGCAAGGGGAGAUGCUGGAAAUGUGGGGAGCUGGAUGGAGAUUUUGGGGUCUGGAUGGAGGUUUUUGGCUCUGGAUAGAGACUUUGUGGUCCGGAUAGGGAUUCAAGGUCUGCACGAAUGAUUUAGAGUCUGGGUGGAGGUUUUAGAGAUGGAUAGAGAAUUUUGCAGCUGGAUGGAGAUUUUUGGUGCUGAGUGCAGCUUUUAGGGGUAGAUGGAGGUUGGAGGGCUGAACAGAGGUUUAUGGAGCUGGUCAGGGAUUUUUGUGGGCUAGAUGGAGAUUGUGGGGGUGAAUGGAAGCUUCUGGGGUGGCUGGAGCUUUUGAGGCUGGGUGGAGAUUUUUUUAAGGUGGAUGGAGAUUUGGGGGAUGUAUGUAAGUAUAUGGGCCUGAACAGAAGAUUUUUGUGGUUGAAUGGAGGUUUUGUGGUUGAAUGGAGGUCUGGAAUGAAGGGAAGUUUUUGAGGUGGCUGGAAAUUUGGGGGAUGGAUAGAGGUUUUGGGGGCUGAAUGGAGGUUUUGGUGUUGAUUGGAGUUUUUUGGAGUCUGGUUGGAGAUUCUGGGGCAAGAUGAGGUUCUGGGGACCAGACAGAGGAUUUUGAGGCUGGAUGGGGGUUUCGGGACUGAAAGGAUGGGCAGGCAGAUGGAUAGAUGGAUAGGUGGAAGGAUGAGCAGAUGGGUAGACAGAAGUUUGUUGUGUUCAUACUGGAUCAGGAGGUGCAGCCCCAGGAGCGGAGACCCAGCAAGGGGAGGACAGAGGGACGGACGAGCAA